GGCCCUUUAAGGAUGAAGUCAAAACAAAGCGUAUAGGAGCCGGUUGCACGGAAGUAGUUUCGUUUCAAUCGUCUGCGAAAUGACAUCUAAUACAUUUUGAAAAGAAGAAAAGAAACGUUCACUUCUUGAACAUGUUGUUAGUGGUGUAAUUUGGUCCAUUUAUUUUUGUAAUCGGUAGUUAAGGAAUUCGGGAACUAAACGAAAGGUAGUGAGCGUGCUACCUAGCUAGCUUCAACAACACAAGCGGCCAUGCCUCCCUAUUCUGAAUUGAGGAAAAGCAAUCACUUCUAUUACUUCAUCAAAUUUACCCUGAAUGUCUAUUCGAUGCUGUUUUCGCUGGUGGGUCUCUGUGUGCUCUGUGUGGGGGUGUACGCCGAGGUGGAAAGGCAGAAAAACCGAACGCUGGAGGGUCUCUUCCUGGCUCCUGCAGUGGUGCUGAUCCUGCUGGGUCUGGUAAUGUUCACAGUCUCACUUGUGGGCAUGGUUGGCUCCCUCAGAGAUAACAAAACCCUGCUGCACAUGUUCCUCUGCGUUCUCUGUGUGUUGCUUCUUCUCCAGGCUGUCGCCCUCAUUAUCGCUCUCAUUUUUGAGAAGAAGACGUCUUCCCUGUUUCAAAGCAGCAUACGAGAGGGAAUCAAACACUACUACGACGACCUGGACUUCAAAAACAUCUUGGAUUAUGUGCAAGAAAAGUUUUCAUGUUGCGGAGGAGAUGAAUAUAAGGACUGGGGAGUCAACCAAUACCACUUCUGUAAUGGUACCGGUCCACUCGCAUGUGGAGUUCCAUAUACCUGCUGCGUCCGCCGUGAGGUAGGAGAGGUCAUUAACACCCUGUGCGGUUCCAAGGCUCUGGAUAGGCAGCGUGAAAGCCUCCAUGAGGAGAUUCACGUGCGAGGCUGCAUCCACGCUGUCAACCUUUGGAUGAGUGACAACAUUGGAAUAACUGUCGCACUCUGCUGUGCCAUCGGGCUGCCACAGCUGCUUGGCAUCAUCCUGAGCUGUGUCUUCUGGAACCUUCUGGUUGAAAUGAGCGAAUCUGUUGACAUGGUGGACUUCAAGCUGAAGAAGCUCGAGUUCAAAUACAGUGAGCUUGACCUGGCCGGUGCCGGCUGUUGUAUGUGUUUGCCGAGGGACGGCGGCUACUUGCCCGUUCCAGCUUCCGAGCCCGAACUAGACCCCAUUGACAUUCACCUGCGGAAGUUGAAGAAGCAGCCGCCUCGCACGCACGCUCAGCUCCGAGAACUUCAACAGUCCAGGUCGGCCACCGGGCUGGACGAGGUAGACAUAGGCCGCAAGCUGAAAAGGGAACACUGAAAGGUCUUGUCACCCUUCUUGCCUUCUCGGCGACAUUGUCAUAGUUUCAUUUUUGUUUGAUUUGUGUUGCACUACUUAAUGGUUGAACCUCUGCUGAUUGAUUUAGGGAAUUUGCUCAGCCAAAGGGAUACAAAGUACUUUGUCACUUUGAGUGUUCUGUUUACGAGAAAUUCUGUGAACAAACUAACUGCAGCAUCAGGUUUUUUUGUCUUUGUUUAUGGUGUUCAUUAGUAUAUGAUUCUCAUAUUUUAAUUAGAUUUUACCUUUGAACUUGAGCUACAUCUUGUGUUGAAGCUUACCUCAGGCUGUUUCAAAGAGCCCAAUUGCGAAGAGGAUGAAUCUUGUACCUUGUGUAAAAAUUUAUUGUAGAAUAAUGGAAGAUUUUCAGUGUCGUGAAAAUAAGACUAGCCCGUAUGUCAUGCAUUUGUGACAGAUGUGUACAGGUUGCUUAAAAUAAUGGUUUGGAUCUCAGUUGGAUUUGUGUAGUCAGUGUACACUGUAAAACUGAUAGUUGUGGAAUAAUAAUGGGAUGCAUGUUUUGUACUGUGUAUGAAUUAAAUUAUUCGUAAAGUGAGCUUUCAAUAAGGAGGUCUGUGUUUUACACAUUUUUUAAAGGAGUUUUUGUUAUUUCCAUCAUUUAAGGGACAACUAAAAGGAAAACACAGCCGUACAGCUGUUUGACAGUUGAGUGUUUUAAGCUAAUACAGUUUGCGACCACUGGAGUUUCCCUCCAACUCCUGCCUUGUACCAACACGACUGCUCUUGUUAAUAAACUGGAAUUUGUCUACUGA